AUGUCAGUCAAGCAGCAAGAGCAUGAGAGUCUAGCUGAUUAUAUCAAAAGAUUCAGUGAAGAAUCCCUGAAAAUCUCUAACCUCCAAGACGGGGUAGCAUUCACCGCUUUGAUGUUAGGACUUUGGCCUAAAAAUUUCAGAUGCUCCUUGGUCGAGAAUGAAGUCACCAAAGUUAUGAGUCGUACCCGGAAGUUCAUACAAGCCUCGGACAUCUAUAAACCAGUACCCAAAAAGUUGAAAAAAAGAAACGAAGAAGUCCCUUACCGGGAAUCCAACAAGAGCACUAAGAGCAACCAACAACUCCUCCCGAGAGCUACAGAUCAUGGGAACGAUCCACACCUCAACAAGAAUCAACGGGAGAUCUACCUGGAUAUAAAGCACAAUCAUACCACCAAAGACUGUCGGGAUUUGAAGAAGGCUUUGGAUCACCUGGCUGAUCAAGGAAAAUUGAACAGUUACAUCAAGCAUUCUCGGGAAGAGAAGGGGAAGGAGAAGGAAGCAAAAAACGACAGUGAUAACACCGAUGGGUAUGUCGCGGUAAUUGCUAGGGGCCAUGCCUCAGGGGGCCUAUCCGGUCGAGCCCGCAAAGCCCACCUCCAGUCAAUGAAGCAUCAUGUUCUGGAAGUUGAGCCAACAAAGGUGGGGUGUCACGUCAUGACAUUUGGGGAGCCUGACCGGCACAUUCACACACCCCAUGACGACACCCUUGUCAUAGAAAUUAAAAUCUCCAAUUCCCGGGCUAAAUGGAUUCUUGUUGACAGUGGCUCAUCAGCAGACAUCAUCACCUUGGACAGCUUACGCAAGCUCAAGUACAACGAGAAGGAUGUAAAAUCGACUAGUCAGCUGCUGAUUGGCUUCAGGGAAGAAUCUGUAUUCCCUGUCGGAUUCGUAAAACUAGCAGUAAGGCUCAGGGAGAGAGAGGAAAGGAUAGAAGCCUACCAGUCGAAUUCUUAG